AGAACAACAAUGGCGUUCUCCACUCAGAAAGAGUUUUUUCACGUGCCGUUUAGUAACGAGACGUACGAGUUUGAGUGCGUUGAUGCUUGCGUUAAACUAAAGAGCUAUCCAUCCACAAUCGACGACAGAUCAUGGUCGGCAAACGAAGACAAGAAGUCGCAGUUCGUGGCUGAUCUAGUUGCUUGCAAUUCACCAAUUAAGAAGGAUCGUGGCGAAGGUGGUAAGCUUACUGCCAGAAAUCCAUUGGGUCCAGAGGAUGAGUACGGUAGUAAUUUGGUGGUGGGUGACAGCCUCAUCAAUGCCGCCGACGACACAAUUGGCCGCAUGCAGGAUCUGAUGAUCAAGAACAACAUGCUGCAGAAAAAACUGGCCGACUCCGAUGAUAAAUUGAGGACAGCCAAUCAGGAAAGUGACGAGAUUAAGCGGAUUAUGGACCAGCGCUAUAACCCAGAUAAAAGCAAGGCCCUCAAGAAGAAGAUCAAGGAGCUGGCCGAUGCUAAUAAGAUCAGUCCGCAGGACGAGAAGGAGCUAAACGAUCUGCAGGCGGCGAUUGACGACAUGAACAAGGCCCACGACAUCCUUGAGGCGGAGAAUGCCAAUCUGAAGCGGCUGAUUGAUAAACAGUCAAAGCGCUGCAAGAUGGACAGCAUCCCAAUCGAUCCGGAAAAGAGCAACGACAUCCCUUAUCUGCAGAAGAAGAUCGACGAUCUCGGAAAGGAGGUGGCCCUUCUGCGCGAAUUCGAGGAUGAUGUGAUGAAGCGGUGCGCCAAAAAGUGCGGUUCUGAUGGCAGUGGUGGAGGAGGUUCUGGAACCCCAGCAGGUGGUGCUCCAGGUAAGGGUAGCUUCUCGCCGGAUAAGGAUGCCGCCAACAUUCAAAAGAUUCUGGCCGAUCGCGAUGCCCUGCGCAAAAAGUGCAAGGAACUAGAGGAGCUCGGCGAGAAGGUCAACCAGCUGGAGCAGAAGGCUAACGAGGCGGAGUGCCUGACCUGCAACCUCGAGGGCAAUCUUCAGCAACAGAACCAGUGCAUGCAGCAAUUGCAAUGCGAGAUGCAGGACAUGCAGAGUUUCUACGAGAACGAGGUGGACAAGGCUAAGGGCAACGAGGAGAUAUUAAAAUGCCGCUGCAAUCAAAUGAAGCAGGAACUGGUGGCCGCCAAAUGCGCCGUUCAGCGGGCCCAGUGUCAGCAAAUGGAGAUCGAUGUACUGCGAAAUGAGCUGCGGAAGCGGGACAUAGCCAUUAACGCAUACGACUGCCAGUACCAGCAGCUAAUGAUGAAGGCCAAGAUGUUCAAGAGCGCCGGCUACCGAUUUCUCGACGAUCUGCCAGCCGACUGCAGCGAAAGUUGCGUGGAUGGGGUCGAGGAAGAGGAAGAAGGAAACUGAAACUGAAACGGACCACCUUGAAACCGGAACUACUUUCCCUUUGCUCAGAUAGUUUCCGAAUUGCCAAAAGCCAUUGAUCGAAAUCUAUAGUUUUAUCAAAUUAAACCAUUUACUGAACCGGAA